UUGGCCAGCUAUCAAGUCUAAUAUCCAAUAUCAGUCCCAUACAAAAAAGCUACUGUUGUGAGUAGUAUUAUUUACAUUCACAAUAGAUACGAAAACUUGCCGAUUAAACGUCCUACAUUGGUUAAUGCUAGUUGUUGAACUGGCAACCCUGUUAUAAAAACAAAACAAUGACAGCUUGAAAAAAAAAAAUAGAAAAAAGAAAAUAAAUUCGUUGUGAAACUAGCUUGAAAAAAGGAAAUGCUUAAAUAUGGCAUCGGGACUAAUUGAUAAAAGAAAACGCAGCCGAGAAGAUGAUGUCUCAUGUGAUUCAGAUACUCCCUUGUCUAAACGAAUAAACAAUUUGCAUUUAUCAAAUUUUGAAGAGGUUCCUCAAUACAACCCUCAUCUGCCAACUAAUAACAAUAGCCAUCAUCACCACCACAGCAACAACCAUCAUCUACCACACCAUUUGGCCAAAGAGCUGAUGCACCACCAACAGCAUUCAACAUCUGUUAUGAAAACAGUCGUCAUAGGCAAUGAGGAGCAUGAUGAGAGCAUGUACAAUCCCGAACUAAAUGAGUCGGAAAAUCCAUUCUACUAUAUCAAAAAUAAACUAUUGCACGAUCUACAUUUGGAACGCCUUAAGAGAUGUACAGUUUAAAGUUAUUGUCCAAUCUGCUAUCAAUUUUUUAUAAUUAUACGUUUAGAAAAGCUCCUGGAAUAGAGUAUUAUGUUUAAUUUGAUA